UGAUUUGUUUGAUUCAGAGGCUGUUUCCCAUCCCUCCUCUUCACACCCUACCAAGUCCUGCCAUGCCACCGGUGUAGUGUUCAGGCUUUAGGGUGGAGACCGGGGCUGGACCUGAAAGUCAGCUGACACUCCAUUUUCAGUCUACAGAGCAGAGAGAGGGGAGCUGGAGGCUGAGGCAGGCGUGAUGAAGAGAAGUGGAGGUUCUGAGGAGGAGCAGCCGUCCUGCUGUGCUUUGUGUCAGGACGUCCUGAAGGAUCCGGUCUCUAGCAGCUGUGGACACUGGUUCUGCAGAUGCUGCAUCACCUCAUACUGGGACCAGUCUGCUCCAUCAGGACACUCCUCCUGUCCUCAGUGUGGAGAAAGAUCCAGAACUGGUCAGAGCAGCUGUGCACAAAAUGUUGGUCUGCAGGAGGUUUUACAGGAACACAAGAUGAGUCUGAGGAGGAGAUGUGAACAUGUGACUGAAGGAAGUGAUGCAACAGGAGGUGGAACCCUCCUCAACAGGAUCUACACUGAGCUCUACAUCACAGAGGGAGCCAGUGAAGAGGCUGAUACCCAACAUGAGGUGAUGCAGCUGGAGACAGCUUCCAAGAAGACCCUCCAUGAAACUCCCAUCGAGUGCCAGGACAUCUUUAAAACCUUCCCUGAGCAGCAGAGAGCCAUCAGAGUGGUCCUGACCAACGGCGUCGCUGGCGUGGGAAAAACUUUCUUAGUGCGGAAGUUCAGUCUGGACUGGGCAGAGGGCCGAGAAAACCAGGACGUCAGUGUGGUGGUUGUGCUUCCGUUCAGGGAGCUGAACUUGAUCAGAGAUGAGCAGCACAGUCUUCUGACGCUGCUCCAUGUGUUCCAUCCAGCAUUACAGAAGGUGACAGCAGAGGAGCUGGCUGUCUGUAAGCUUCUGUUCAUCUUUUCAGGAGUUUGUACACAGAUCUUCAGAAGAGAGUGUGUGAUGUUCCAGAAACCAGUCUACUGCUUUGUCCAUCUGAGCAUUCAGGAGUUUCUGGCUGCAGUCUACAUGUUCCACUGUCACACCAACAACAACACUGAGGUGCUGAAGAAGUUCCUGGGAAGAAAAUACAGCAACCCGUCCCUGGAUGUCUUCCUGAAGAGAGUCUUGGAGAAAUCCCUUGAGAGUAAAAAUGGUCACCUGGACCUGUUUGUUCGCUUCCUUCAUGGCCUCUGUGUGGAGUCCAACCAGAGACUCUUAGGAGGCCUUCUGGGUCGGACAGAGAACUGUCCAGAAAUGAUCCAGAAAAUCAUCAACAACCUGAAGAAGAAGAAGACUAGCAUGUCUCCAGACAGAAGCAUAAACAUGUUCCACUGUCUGAUGGAGAUGAAGGAUCUGUCAGUACAUCAGGAGAUCCAAGAGUUCCUGAAGUCCGACAGCAGAUCAAAAGAUAAACUCUCUGACAUCCACUGCUCAGCUCUGGGCUACAUGCUGCAGAUGUCAGAGGAGGUUCUGGAUGAGUUGGACUUGGAGAAGUACAACACAACAAAGCAGGGACGACUGAGACUGAUUCCAGCUGUGAGGAACUGCAGAAAGGCUCGACUUACGGACAGUCACCUCUCAGAGGCUCACUUGGAAAUCGUGGCCUCAGUUCUGAAGUCCAACCCUUCCCAUCUGACCGUGCUUGACCUGAGUAGAAGCGAACUGCCGUACGAUGGAAUGAAGGUGCUGUGUUCUGCACUGGAGAGUCCAAACUGUAGACUGGAGAGUCUGAGAUUGUGGCUCUGCAAGUUGUCAACGACCAACUGUGAUUCUGUGGUCUCAACUCUGGAGUCCAACCCCUCCCUCCUGAAACAUCUGGACCUGAGCUACAACCAGCUGCCGGAAUCAGCAGUGAAGCAUCUGUGUGGUUUUCUGGAGAAUCCACACUGUAAACUGGAGACUCUGGGACUGAUUUGCUGCACUCUGUCAGAGAUCAGCUUUACUUCUGUGAUCUCAGCUCUGAAGUCCAACCCCUCCCACCUGAAAUAUCUGGACCUGAGUAGAAACUUCAUGCCGAGGGAUUCAGGAGUGAAGCAUCUGUGUGGUUUUCUGGAGGAUCCACGCUGCAAACUGGAGACUCUGAAACUGACUCAGUGCGUUUUGUCAGAGAUCAGCUGUGAUUCUCUGGUCUCAGCUCUGAAGUCCAACCCCUCCCGUCUGAAACAUCUGGACCUGAGUAACAACUACCUGAAGGACUCUGAGGUGCAGCAGUUGUCUGAUCUUGUGGAGAGUCCAGACUGCAGCCUGGAGACUCUGAGAGUAAACAUGCUGACACCUCCAGAAGUCCUACUGCAGACUUUGCAGGAUUUGGGAGCAGAAGAGUUCAAAGAAUUCAAGUGGUACUUGUGGCAGAAGGGGGCGCUAGAGGACUUCCCAUCAAUCCCAAAGUGUGAACUGGAGAACACAGACAGGAUGGACACAGUGGAUGAAAUGUUGAAGACCUACUGCAUCAACACCAUUAAAGUCACUGUAAUGGUUUUGAAGAAGAUGUCCAAGAAUGAUCUGGUGCAGAACAUCCCAGAAACCAUGAAAGAACCUGCAGAGAUUCUCACUGGGUGUCAAGACAAACUGAAGUCUAAGCUGAAGGAGAAGUUCCAGUUUGUGUUUGAGGGGAUCGCUAAAGCAGGAAAGAAAAGCCUUCUGAAUGAGAUCUACACAGAGCUCCUGAGAGACUGUAACCUCUCAAAGAGAAGCUGUGAAGCUCUGUCCUCAGUUCUCAGCUCCCCGUCCUCCAGUCUGAGAGAUUUGGAUCUGAGUUAUAACAAGCUGCAGGAUUCAGGAGUGAAGAGUCUUUGUGCUGGACUGGAGAGUCCAAACUGUAAACUGGAGAGUCUCAGGUAUGGGCAGACAGAGACUCUGAGAUUAAGGAACUGCAGCUUGUCAGAGAUCAGCUGUGAUUCUCUGGUCUCAGCUCUGAAGUCCAACCCCUCCCAUCUGACAGAACUGGACCUGAGCUCCAACCAGCUGCAGGACUCAGGAGUGAAGCAUCUGUGUGGUCUCGUGGAGAAUCCACACUGCAGACUAGAGACUCUGAGAUUGUAUCACUGCAGUUUGUCAGAGAUCAGCUGUGAUUCUCUGAACUCAGCUCUGAAGUCCAACUCCCAUCUGAAACAUCUGGACCUGAGUGACAACCAGCUGCAGGAUUCAGGAGUGAAGCAUCUGUCUGCUGGACUGAAGAGACCAAACUGUACACUGGAGACUCUGAGAUUAAUGAACUGCAGCUUGUCAGAGAUCAGCUGUGAUUCUCUGAACUCAGCUCUGAAGUCCAACCCCUCCCAUCUGAAACAUCUGGAGCUGAGCUCCAACCAGCUGCAGGAUUCAGGAGUGAAGCAUCUGUGUGGUUUUCUGGAGAAUCCACACUGUAAACUGGAGACUCUGAGAAUGUGUCACUGCAGGUUGUCAGAGAUCAGCUGUGAUUCUCUGGUCUCAGCUCUGAAGUCUAACCCCUCCCAUCUGAAACAUCUGGACCUGAGUGACAACCAGCUGCAGGAUUCAGGAGUGAAGCAUCUGUGUGGUUUU